UCUUCUUCGUUCUUACCAACAAAAUGUUCGUUAAAAGCGAUAAAGCAGAAGCUGAGAGCGAAUGUCAAUAUUACCCCUGAGUUUGGAUAACUAAACGCUGCGUUUUAUUGUGGAGUAGAUUUUGUAAAAUCCCUAAGCUUGAGAGAGCCUUCCGUUGUUGUGGUGGAGACUUUGGAGCUCCUCAAUCUCUCCAAUGGCGUCUUCUUCUCUCUCGUCUCUCUCCUCAAUCCUCAGUAACCCUCAUGGUUGCUCUCUCUGUUUCAAAGCCUCUACACAACGUUGUUUCGCUCUUAGAUUCCUCUCCUCAAAAGCAACCCAUGCUUCUUCAUCUUCUUCCUCUGCUCUUCUCCCUCGUUGCCGUAGCAGCACCCAUCGUCUCACACAGAAACCGAUCAAUAGGAAGAAGGGAUUUUCCUUAAAUCUUUCUAGAAGCUUCUCUAUUUCUCAAAUUGCUAGUUCCGGUAAGUUUGAUGGUCCAAGCCUCCACCAGUUCGUCUCCAACGCUCAAGCACACGCUUCUCUUACCACUCCCGAAACUGAAUCUGAAAGCACACUAGAUUCUGACAUUGCAUCAAAAGGUCGGAUUUAUCACGAAACAUAUGGAUGUCAGAUGAACAUAAACGACAUGGAGAUAGUCCUUGCGAUAAUGAAAAACUCUGGUUAUAAAGAAGUAGUGACGGAUCCUGAGAGCGCAGAAGUCAUUUUCGUAAACACUUGUGCUAUCAGAGAAAAUGCAGAGCAAAGAGUAUGGCAAAGACUUAACUACUUUUGGUUCUUAAAACGAGAAUGGAAAGUAAAUGCUGCUACAGGAAGAGCAAAAUCUCUCAAACCUCCUAAAGUUGUUGUUUUGGGAUGUAUGGCUGAAAGAUUAAAGGACAAGAUUCUAGAUUCUGAUAAAAUGGUUGAUGUUGUUUGUGGUCCUGAUGCUUAUAGAGAUCUCCCGAGGCUAUUGGAAGAAGUAGACUAUGGUCAAAAAGGAAUCAACACUCUUCUUUCUCUAGAAGAGACUUAUGCUGACAUAUCCCCUGUCCGAAUCUCUGAAAACUCAAUUACCGCUUUUGUUUCUGUUAUGAGAGGCUGCAACAACAUGUGUGCUUUCUGCAUUGUUCCGUUUACCAGAGGCAGAGAGCGAUCACGUCCUGUAGAAUCUAUAAUCCGCGAGGUUGGGGAGUUGUGGGAAUCGGGUGUGAAAGAAGUUACGCUUUUAGGGCAAAAUGUGAACAGCUAUAACGAUGAUUCAGCUGAUCGUGAGUCAGGUGCUAACUGGGAAUACAGUGAGGGAUUCUCGAGCCGGUGUAAAGUUAAAAACAUGGGUUUGCGAUUUGCUGAUCUCUUGGACCGACUCUCUGUAGAGUUUCCAGAGAUGCGGUUUAGGUUUACAUCGCCUCAUCCUAAAGAUUACCCUGACGAGUUGCUGUAUUUGAUGAGAGAUAGACAUAAUAUCUGCAAUCUCAUCCAUCUUCCUGCACAAUCUGGUAAUAGCAGAAUACUAGAACAAAUGCGUAGAGGUUACACCAGAGAAGCUUAUUUGGAUCUUGUUAAAAAGAUUCGGAGUAUUAUACCAGAUGUGGCUAUAACCAGCGACUUUAUAACUGGCUUCUGUGGAGAAACUGAAGAAGAGCAUCAAGAAACCCUAAGCUUGGUGAGAGCAGUUGGAUACGAUAUGGCGUAUAUGUUUGCAUACAGCAUGAGAGAAAAGACACAUGCUCAUCGCAACUACACAGACGACGUUCCAGAGGAGGUGAAACAGAGACGUUUAACAGAACUCAUCGACGCAUUCCGCGAAACAACAGGUCCGUGUUAUGACUCUCAGGUAGGAUCAACUCAGUUAGUUCUCGUCGAAGGACCAAACAAGAGAGCGCCUGAGACAGAACUCAUUGGAAAAACUGAUAAAGGACACAGAGUUUCGUUUGUCACGAAGCCUCUGUUUGAUAAAGCGUGUCUUCUUGAUGGUGAUGAUCUGAAGAGGAAUCCUGGAAUUGGGGAUUUUGUUGAGGUUCAGAUAGAGAAAUCAACGAGGGCAUCGUUGUUUGGGGAAGCUCUCGCGAUUAGUAAAAUGUCCUUGUUUCACGAUGUUGGUGUCGUCGAUGCUGUUGUUGCGUCUUGUGCAAGUUAAGUUGAACUUCCGUUUUCUUUGUUUCGAAAGCCUUUAUACUUUUUCUUCUGUAUACUUUCUUCAUAGUUAAACCAAAUAAGUUAUUUACAGAUGAAUUUUAUUACUUUUUUGAAAACACAAAUUGUAACUGAAAUGGAUAGAGAAACAUUUUUGGGCAUACAUGUAUUCCUCCC